GCAACCAAUCAGGCCUCAGCGUUAGCUGUGCGUCAGCACUAGCCGCGCAGGCGCAGACCGGCGCAACUACCAUAUGUCUGAAAGAGAUUUUAAAAAGUGACAGAGUGAGAAAACUGCGGAAAAGAUGGGAAAGAAGCAGAAAAACAAGAGCGAGGAUAAUGCCAAAGAUGACAUUGACAUUGAUGCUUUGGCGGCAGAGAUUGAGGGAGCAGGGGCUCCCAAACCUAAAGCUGGAGGCAAAAAGAAGAAGAAGAGAGAAUUUGAGGAAGAUGAUAUACUGAAAGAACUUGAAGAGCUGUCUCUCGAGAACCAAGGGAAAAAGGAUCAUAAAGAAGCAGCUAAAUCUUCAGCAAAAAAAGAGGAAAAAGGUAACGAACCCGAACCAGUCAAUAAAAAAGAUAAGAAGAAAAAGACUCUGAAAAGCCAAAAAUCUAGUUUUGAUGAUGAUGAAGUAGAACAAGAAGAGGUGGGACUACCAAAAGCCAAAGGUCAGAAGCAGAAAUCCGAUCAAUCUGAUGAUGAUGAUGAUGAUGAUGAUGAAUUGGGUGAAAAGGCCAAUAGGAAGAACCAGAGACUUCUGCAAAAGCUGGAGCUUUUAGAAAAUGAAGUACUUGAAACUAAGAAUCAUCAAAAAAAUUCUCUUGAAGACAGUGAUGAAGAACCUGAUGAGUUUCCUCAAAACAAGAAGGAAAAGAAAAAUCAAAAAAGUAAUCGGCUCAAGAAAGGUGAAAGUGAUGAAGAGGAUGCAGAAGACUCUUCGUUUAAAUUAAAAACCGCUGCCCAGAAGAAAGCAGAAAAGAAAGAAAGAGAGCGCAAGAAACGUGAGGAGGAGAAAGCUAAACUUCGAAAGCAGAAAGAAAAAGAUGAUGCUGAGCGCCAGAGAAGGGAAACCGAACUGGAAUCUAAACUUCAAAAAGAUGCCGUUGAUCUUGCUUCUAAAAAAGAAAGUGAAAAAUCAAAUGUUACUCCAAUUACUGAAGUUAAAGGAGUUGAUGACACUGGAGGUGCUGAAGGUGAAGAAAAUGAUGGGGAGAAAAAGAAAAAAGACAAAAAGAAAAAGAAAGAAAAAGAUGAAAAAGAGAAGAAAAAAGCAGGUCCCAGUAAAGCUACAGUAAAAGCAAUGCAAGAAGCACUUGCAAGGUUAAAAGAAGAGGAAGAAAGACAAAAAAGAGAGGAGGAAGAACGUUUACAACGGUUGGAAGAAUUGGAAGCCAAACGUUUAGAACAAGAGAAAUUAGAACAGGAGCGAAGAGAAAAAAAGAAACAGAAAGAAAAAGAAAGGAGAGAACGUCUAAAGAAGGAGGGCAGACUGUUGUCAAGAUCCCAGAAAGAUGCCAAAGCAAGAGCUGAGGCUACACUUGAACUUCUUCGUGCUCAAGGUGUGGAUGUGCCAUCCAAAGAUUCAGUGCCAAAGAAACGACCAGUCUAUGAUACAAGGAAAAAGAAAAGACAGCAGGAGAACAAAGAAGAAAACAAAGAAGAAAAUAAGGAGGAAAAUAAAGAAGCUUUGGUCAGUCCAACCCCACUACUUGAAGUUGAAGAACUAGAGGUGACUGAGGCACCAGAAAUAGCCCCAGAAGCUAUAAUAGUACCCGAAGAAAAAAGUGAUGAUGCUGAUCUUGAUGACUGGGAAGCUAUGGCAAGUGAUCAUGAACAAGAAAAAGAAGUGAAAACUGUCCACAUUGAAGUAAAAGAAGAUGCUGAAGUGGAGGAAAAUGAAGAGGAUGAGGAGGAGGAGGAGGAUGAAGAGGAAGAAGAAGAGAGUGAAGAAGAUGGUGCAAGUGAGGAAAGUGAAGCUGAAGAGGAAGAGAAGAGUUUUGAUGAAACUAGGACAGUAUCACAGAAAGUGGGUAAAGAAUCUGAAAUGGUAAAAAAUGAGAAACCAAAACUGACAAAAGAAAUUAGCUCAGAUUCUGAACUUGAAUCUGAUUCGGAUGAUGGCCGAACAAAAGAAGAACGAAUAUAUGAUGAAGCAAAGCGACGUAUUGAGAAACGCAGAGCAGAAAAUGCCAUGAAUGCAAAUACUGAAAAACUGCGAGCACCAGUUAUUUGUGUUCUUGGACAUGUUGACACUGGGAAAACCAAAAUUUUGGAUAAGCUUCGUCAUACCCAUGUCCAGGAUGGUGAAGCAGGGGGUAUAACUCAGCAAAUUGGUGCAACCAAUGUUCCUCUUGAAACGAUCAAGGAGCAAACUAAGAUGGUGAAAAAUUUUGACAGAGAUACCAUUAAAAUACCAGGAAUGCUGAUCAUAGAUACACCAGGCCAUGAAUCCUUCAGUAACUUAAGAAAUAGAGGAAGUUCUCUCUGUGAUAUUGCUAUCCUUGUGGUUGACAUCAUGCAUGGAUUGGAGCCCCAGACCAUUGAAUCUAUUAACCUGCUAAAAGAAAAAAAAUGCCCUUUUAUUGUUGCACUUAAUAAGAUUGACAGAUUGUAUGAUUGGAAGAAGAGUCCAGAUACAGAUGUAGUUGCCACAUUGAAGAAGCAGAAAAAGAAUACAAAAGAUGAAUUUGAUGAGAGAGCCAAAUCUACUAUUGUGGAAUUUGCGCAACAGGGUCUGAAUGCCUCAUUAUUCUUUGAGAACAAGGAUCCACGUACGUUUCUGUCAUUGGUACCAACAUCAGCUCACACUGGAGAUGGUAUGGGGAAUCUUAUUGCACUGUUGGUAGAGUUAACUCAGACUAUGCUUGCAAAGAGACUAGCAUAUUCUCUGGAACUAAGAGCUCAGGUUAUGGAGGUAAAAGCUCUUCCAGGAAUGGGGACAACAAUUGAUGUGAUUCUAAUCAAUGGUAAUAUGAAGGAAGGAGAUACAAUUAUUGUUCCUGGAGUUGAAGGUCCUAUAGUUACACAGAUUAGAGGCCUUUUGUUACCACCACCUCUCAAAGAAUUGCGAGUGAAGAAUCAAUAUGAGAAGCAGAAGGAGGUCUGGGCUGCACAAGGUGUGAAAGUUCUUGCUAAAGAUCUGGAGAAAUCGCUUGCAGGUUUACCACUAUUAAUAGCUCACAAGGAUGAUGAAAUUGCUGUUCUAAAGGAUGAGCUAGAACAUGAACUGAAGCAAACACUGAGUUCUAUUAAACUGGAGGAGAAGGGUGUUUAUGUACAAGCUUCUACACUGGGCUCUUUGGAGGCACUCUUAGAAUUCCUUCGACAAUCAAAUGUGCCAUAUGCUGGAAUUAACAUUGGACCUGUCCAUAAAAAAGAUGUGAUGAAAUCGUCAGCAAUGCUUGAACAUGAUCCUCAGUAUUCAGUCAUUCUUGCUUUUGAUGUGAAGAUUGAACGCGAUUCCCAGGAGCUUGCUGAUACACUUGGAGUCCGGAUCUUCAGUGCAGAAAUUAUCUACCAUUUAUUUGAUGCUUUCACAAAAUACAGACAGGAUUACAAAAAACAAAAGCAAGAAGAAUUCAAGCAUAUAGCAGUUUUUCCUUCAAAACUGCGAAUUAUUCCUCAGUUCAUUUUUAAUUCUCGUGAUCCAAUUGUAAUAGGAGUUGCAGUAGAAGCUGGCCUUCUGAAGCAAGGCACCCCAAUAUGUGUUCCUUCAAAAAAUUUUAUCGAUAUUGGAAUUGUUACUAGUAUAGAAGUGAAUCAUAAACAAGUUGAUGUUGCCAGGAAAGGUCAAGAGGUCUGUGUUAAAAUAGAACCUAUACCUGGAGAAUCUCCAAAAAUGUAUGGGCGGCACUUUGAAGCUACAGACUUCCUUGUCAGUAAGAUCAGCCGACAAUCCAUUGAUGCCUUGAAAGAUUGGUUCAGAGAUGAGAUGCAGAAGUCUGAUUGGCAGCUCAUCAUGGAACUGAAGAAAGUAUUUGAAAUUAUCUAACCAAUGCAGUUUGUUUUCAUUUCAAAACUUCAGCAAAGGGAGGACUGAGUGCGAUUUAAGGUCUGUGCUUAAACAAGACUUUAAUAAUAAGCCACGCUGGAGUGCUGAGAGCCAGAAUCCAGAGUAAAAAGUGGUUAUAGCUAGUAAACGUUUUCCAUGACAAACCAAAACACUUGCACUGGUUUGACAGUGAUCAGUUUUACAUAUUCCUACAAUUCUCAACGUGCCUGGUUAUUUUUCCUGCCCCUCCCUUAUCUUCAGUACCAGUUGCUAUUUUUAAAUCUUCCCCUUCAUUACAUGGAACUUGAAAGUAGUGCUCCCCAAUCAUUUUAACUGUGUGAAAUAAUGAAUAAAGUGUUUAAAUCCUGUGA